CGCGGCAUCCUUUGUUGUACUUUAUAAAAAAAAAAAAAACCUAAGGCCUUUUAAGUGUUCAGGUCACUCCGACUCCUACUCACAAAGCAGAAAAUGGAGACAAAGCCUACAGAGAUCAGUAGCUCUAAGAUGUUCGGUGGUUUCAACAAAAGAUAUAAACAUUUCAGCCCAACAAUGGGCUGUUCCAUGACUUUCCACAUCUAUUUCCCUCCUUCUCCCUCUCCUUCUCACAAAUUCCCUGUACUUUACUGGCUCUCAGGGCUUACCUGCACCGAUGAGAACUUUAUUAUUAAGUCAGGAGCUCAGCGUGCUGCUUCAGCUGAGGGUGUUGCUCUUGUUGCCCCUGAUACAUCUCCAAGAGGCCUGAAUGUGGAAGGAGAGGCAGAUAGCUGGGAUUUUGGUGUAGGUGCUGGAUUUUAUCUUAAUGCUACACAGGAGAAGUGGAAAAACUGGCGUAUGUAUGAUUAUGUUGUCAAGGAGUUGCCCAAACUCCUGAGUGAAAAUUUUCCGCUGCUUGAUACAUCCAAAUCAUCCAUAUCUGGUCACUCUAUGGGUGGGCAUGGUGCUUUGACAAUCUAUCUGAAAAACCUUGACAAGUACAAGUCAGUAUCUGCCUUUGCACCUAUUGCCAAUCCUAUAAACUGUCCCUGGGGCCAGAAGGCUUUCACAAAUUAUCUUGGUAGCAAUAAAGCUGAGUGGGAGGAAUAUGAUGCCACUUCCCUUGUUUUGAAGAACGUCAAUGUGUCUGCUACCAUUUUGAUUGAUCAGGGAGAGGAUGACAAAUUUGUGCAGGAGCAGCUAUUGCCACACAAGUUUGAGGAAGCAUGCAGGAGUGCUAAGGUUCCUCUCUUAUUGCGACUACAGCCUGGUUAUGAUCAUUCAUACUUUUUCAUUUCCACAUUCAUUGAUGAUCACAUCCGCCAUCAUGCUCAAGCUCUUAAUAUGUAAUUGCAUGAGUUCAUGUUAUUUUGAGAAUCUGGAGCUCUAGAUGCUAUGCUGAGGAAGCAUGGACUAUUUGCCUCUAUUGCGUUUAUUUUGUGUGUGUGUGUGUGUGUGUUAGUGCUUUUGGAAAAUGUGAAAUGAGUAUUCUUCAAUACACAUAGUUGUGUAUUGAGAUAAUGAUAUCAUAUUACAAUAUUUAUUUAUUAUUA